AUGACCAUUUUUUCCUUUUCAAACUUAAUAAUUUCCUAAUUUUUUUUAUUAAUUUUCAUUGUUUUUUUAAGCUGCCAAAAGUGCAGACUUUUUACUCUUCUCUUACUACAAAUAUAUAUAUAUAUAGACAAUGGCCAGGAUUCCCUUGUCUAUGGACCUAUGGUUGUUGUUUCCUUCCUACUACUUUCUCUUUCUUUCUGAGCUUUAAACUUUUGUUCAGCUCUUCAUACGUAUAUUCCAAACCAUAGACUGUUUAUUAGCUUACUAGGGUUGUUGUUGCUGUUGUUGUUGUUUUUGUUUUUGGCUUUUUGGGUUCUCAUUGUUCAGUCAAAAUCUCAUACUAAACAACUAAUAUUGGUCAUUAUCAAAGGACUGGCCUCUCUUUCAGUCAUUUGGGUUUUAAAUUUUAUGCUCAGAAACUCGAAUUGUGAUGUGGGUUAUGGCGUUUCAGGCUUUCUUUUCGGUUGCUUAACGAGAAUUUGGGAAAGAAGUUACCAGGAUAAAUUAUUCUCUUAGUAGUAAUCAUGGGCACCAUGGCAACAUCUACUCUGCCCAUUCCUAGAGAAGCAUCGAAUUUCGAUGAGGUUUCUAUGCACCAAAGCUUGCUAUUUUCAGACAGUCUUCAGGAUUUGAAGAAUUUGAGAUCACAGUUAUACUCAGCUGCUGAGUAUUUUGAACUUUCUUAUUCAAAUGAUGACCAAAAACAGAUAGUGGUAGAAACUUUAAAAGAUUAUGCCAUUAAAGCACUAGUAAAUACAGUGGAUCAUUUGGGUUCAGUGAGUUAUAAGGUUAAUGAUCUGUUUGAUGAAAAGGUGGAUGAAGUUUCUGGAACAGAACUUCGAGUAUCCUGCAUUGAACAAAGGCUACGAACAUGCCAAGAGUAUAUCGAUCAUGAGGGUGUUACUCAACAAUCCCUGGUGAUAAACACUCCAAAGUACCACAAACGGUACAUUUUGCCAGUUGGUGAGACCAUGCACGGUGCCAAUCACGCCAAAUCAAAAUACCAAGGAUGCAGCCUAGAUGAUGAAGAUGACUGGCAUCAAUUUAGAAACGCUGUUCGAGCUACAAUUAGAGAAACACCAACAAGCACAGCCAGUAAAGGGCGCUCCCCGUCUCCUGCACUACAAACUUCUCAAAAACCAGCAGUUUUUUCUUUUACUUCUACCAUGCCUAAGAAAGAUUUAGAUAAGCGAACGGUUUCUCCUCACCGGUUUCCACUUCUACGUUCUGGAUCUCUUUCUACUAGUAGGUCUGUGACACCAAAUUCAAGCCGACCAAUUACUCCCAACUCAAGCCGGCCAACUACACCGAAUUCUUCGAAUGCAAGAAGACGGUACCCUUCGGAGCCUCGUAAAUCCGCUUCAAUGCGAUUACAUGCUGAUAAGGAAAAUGGCAAAGAUGUUGAACUAAAUCCCAGCAAAAGUAAACGCCUUCUCAAGGCAUUGCUUAGCCGGCGCAAGUCGAAGAAAGACGAGACAUUAUACACUUACUUAGAUGAAUACUGAGAAAAUAGUUUGGCAACAGAAAAUGAAAGCCAAAGCAAAGCAGGGAAUGACUGUAGAGCUUUACCCUUCCAUACACAUCUAGUCCUUUAUUUAUGAUGUAUCAUUUUAUAAUUAUUUUCAGUAAUAUGCUUUCAUUUGUUGAAUCUAUAUGUAUGUUUAGAAGAAGCAUAUUCAUAAUUGUAAGUCAAAAUCAAUCUUGAAUGAAUGCAAUUGUUAAUUUGUUA